AUGGCUGAUCAAACUGCGGCAGUUUUUGUACUAGCUGAUCCUAAUGCUGAUCCCUAUGGCUAUCUGGGCUUGGUCCGGAACGCUGAUGGCUCAGUCACCCGUCAAUUUGAGUAUCCAGAAACACCUGUCUCUUCCUAUGAUGGCAGUUCCAGUCUUCUUGUUAAAGACAUCUCCAUUAACCAAGCCAAAAACAAUGGGGUCCGCAUAUUCCUUCCAAAAGAAUUAGUUGACUCAUCUCCGAGCAGGACACUUCCUCUCCUGAUCUACAUUCGUGGUGGAGGAUUUGUAAUUUGCAGUGCGGCCACGCACUUUCUUGACGUUUUCUAUAGAACUUUUACCACUGAAAUCCCAGUUAUCCUCGUAUCAAUCGAGUAUCGAAAUGCACCGGAGCAUAAGCUGCCGGCAGCCUAUGAAGAUUGCCUCCAAGCUUUGCACUGGAUCAAGAAUUCUCAAGACGAGUGGUUGACAAAGUAUGCAGAUUUAUCAAACAGUUUCCUCAUGGGCACUAGUGCAGGAGGAAACAUAGCCUAUCAUGUUGGUCUUAGUGCACCUCCUUCUGCUGAUGAUCUUCAGCCUUUGAACAUUAAAGGCGUGAUUUUGCACCAACCAUUCUUUGGUGGCAACAAGAGGACGGAUUCGGAGUUAAGGGCUGUAAAUGACAAGAUUUUACCACCAUGUGUUAGUGACAUCAUGUGGGAACUUUCAUUGCCCGUAGGCGCUGACCGAGACCAUGGAUUUUGCAAUCCAGUAUUGAGCAUCAAACCCGGACAAUUCGAUCAUAUUAAAGAUUUGGGAUGGAAGAUUUUGGUGACUGGCUAUGAUGGUGAUCCAUUGUUUGAUCGUCAAGUUGAGCUUGUAAAGAUGUUGGAAGACGAGGGUGUACCUUUAGCGGCUAAGUUUGCACAAGGAGGCUAUCAUGGUAUUGAUGGUUUUGAGCCUCCUAAACUUAAGGUCCUGUGUCAGGUUGUCAAAGAGUUUAUGAUCUCCUUUGUAACAGCAGCUUAG